AUGGCUGAUAUUUUUACACCUCCCCCAGAGCCCAAGACAGAGUUGGGGCGACAUCGGAUCCUGAGCCCUUCGGCAGGCAUUCGAGUAUCUCCGCUGCAGCUAGGGGGGAUGUCGAUUGGAGAUGCUUGGACCGCUGGCAUGGGCAAGACGUCAAAGCAGGCAUGCUUUGAGCUUCUUGACUCGUUUGUGGAAGCAGGAGGGAACUUUGUCGACACCGCAAAUAACUACCAAGAUGGUCAGUCCGAGACUUGGAUCGGUGAAUGGAUGAUCGAGCGCGGCAACCGAGAAAGUCUGGUUAUUGCGACCAAGUAUACUGCGCAUCCCCACCUUCACGACCGCGGAAAAGGGCCUCAUUCAGUCAACACAUCCGGGAAUCACAAGAGAAGCAUGUUCAUGAGCCUCAACGAAUCCUUAAAGAGACUACAGACAGGAUUUGUUGAUAUCUUCUAUGUCCACUGGUGGGAUUGGAGUACUUCGAUUGAAGAGAUUAUGGAUAGUUUGCAUAUCCUCGUCAGCCAGGGUAAGACUAUGUACUUGGGAAUUUCGGAUAGUCCUGCCUGGGUUGUCAGUGCGGCAAACACCUAUGCUCGUGCCCAUGGUAAGACACCUUUCAGCAUCUACCAAGGCCGCUGGAAUGUCAUGGCCAGGGAUUUCGAGCGCGAGAUCUUGCCUAUGGCAGCCUAUCACGGUCUCGCUCUGGCACCCUGGGAUGUUCUAGGAGGUGGCAAGUUCCAGACGGAGCAAGCUCUGAAGGAUCGUCAAAAGUCUGGGGAAGGACUCCGUGCCCUACUAGGCGCAGAGCAGACCGAGCAAGAGAAGAAAGUCAGCGCCGCAUUAGCCAAGGUCGCCAAAGAACAGGGCUCUGAGUCUGUGACAGCGAUAGCACUGGCCUACGUCCUCGCAAAGGCCCCCUAUGUGUUUCCCAUCAUGGGCGGCCGCAAGACCAAGCACUUGGAACAAAACAUCAAGGCUCUUACCCUAAAGUUGACUGACGACCAAGUCAAGUAUCUAGAGAGUGUGACACCGCUGGACGUGGGCUUCCCAGGCAACUUCAUUGGCACUGACCCGAAGUCUGGAGGGACUGGGGGGUUGACUGGAAAUUACUCUCACCUGUCGUGGGUGCAGUCUCCAAAGGCCAUUGGCAGAGAGUAG